AUGAAGAACCAGGAAAAUUUACACAGAAAAUGCAAAGACCAAGCUGAGGCCCAAUUGGAAGAGUUUAGAAAAGAAGCUUAUAGUGUGAUUGAGCAUAAAGACAAAAUUAUAAAAAUGUUGUGUGCAAUUCUGGAGGUACAAGGGAUAACAACCCUAAAUAUAAAGAAGUUCAUAUCUGGCCCGAAUUAUUCCAAGGAGAAACCCCACUGCGAAAAUGAUGAGAAUGAGUUAAACUCUCAUAACAGGGGGACAUCCUCAAGAAAGAGAAGAUUAAUAAAAAUUCCUCACCUUCGGAGCGUUAAGAAGAAGAAAGAGUUGAACUUAUUUUCUUCACCGCAUGAUGUAAAUGAAGAAGGAGAAUACGAGGAAAAAUGCUCAGAUUCUUGUUUAAGUUCCGAUAGGGAAUCCCUAAACGAGACACACUCGGACAACCCCACGACGGAAAAUAUGACAACGAGGGAUUUAUCAGGGAUUAAAGCUGAUAUACACGAGGACAUGAUACCCAGCGAUAGUGAAAGGGAGUCAAGUGGGAAAAAUAGCACAGGGGCACAGGAAUCAUUCCGAAACAAUGACUCCAAUUUAGAGUCCACGUGUAAAUCGAAUUUUCAAAAGGAUGUCCAGGGAUCCAGGUCCAAACUGGUUGCAAAAAUGAAUGACACAAUUGGAGGCGAGUGUCAACUGUGCCUAAUGCCCAGAACGGAAUCGCUCCACGGGAACGUGCCGCCUACCAUUUAUAAGCUGAGUUGUGAGCACGUUUUUCAUUUGAUGUGUAUCUACGAAACGGUGAUACGAAGAGAAUGCAGAAAGACGUGCUGCAUUUGUCACAGUGAAAUCAGCGAAUACGAUAAAAACGAAAUCAUGACGAAGGCGAAACGCGAAAAAAAAGAUAAUGAAAAAAAAAAUAAACUCAUGUUAAAGGUUAUGAAGUUGCAAGCUGAUAACCAAGCGCAGGCUGAAAAGUGA